GAUCAAGUGCACAAAGUCAAUGAUUAAGUAAAAUAUGGAAAAUCUAAUUGUUACAUUGUUUCAGAUGAAUCACAACCAAAAGACUGGUUUAGCUGUCUUCCAGAAAUGUCACGUCACAAUUUCCAGAUUCUGAAGACUCCAAUUAAAGCGCUAGGCCUAAGUGUAACACGUUUGCACAGUAAUACACAGAAGGUAAAACGUUUUCAUUAGGUAAUAAAACACCUGUACAGGUGCAAAUAAUACUUGAGCAAGCUAUGCAAGAACAAGUCACAAAAUAAUUAUAUUGUGCGCUUUCCUUCCGUUAAAACACAUUUUGCAUAUUUGGAAGUUUGCAAAUGUUAGAAAUGCCACAGGGCUCUAUUUCCUUUUUAAACAGUUUAAGAUCUGAAAACAUUCAUUUCCACAGGAUGAACAUUUAAACUUGGUUAGCCAACAAACUCAAGUAACCAAGAAUAUGAAUAUCUCUCUGAUAGAAUUCCAGACGAUUUCUGUGGAGAACCUUCCAGAAGAACAACAAUCUCACAGUAUUCUACAAAGCAGGUCUUUUUCUUAGAGCAGCGAGACAAACAGCAAGCAUAAAGGCACAGCCCACAAUGCGUUUGCCAACAGGAACCUAUAAAGACUCAAAACAAUGAAUCAACAUGAUUCACUGGAUUGUUGAUACCAAAGCGGAACCAUUGCAAACUAAGGCCAAGUGUCACGUCUGGAGGAAAUCAGACAUUGAUCAUCGCCAGGCAAAUACCAUCCCAAUGGUGAAGCAUGGUGGUUGCAGCAUGAAACUGUGAGCUUCAUAAGGAAAGGGUCUCAUUUAUUAUGGCAACGUUUUUCAAACUAUCUGUAAACCCAUUUCUGAGAACUCCAAUUUCCCACAAAGUGAUUGAAAAAAGGCGACGGGACCGCAUCAACCGCUGCCUCAACGAACUUGGAAAAACUGUCCCAAUGGCUCUUGCUAAACAGAACUCGGGGAAACUUGAAAAGGCAGAAAUUCUGGAGAUGACUGUGCAGUAUCUACGAGCGCUCCACUCCGCAGACUUUCCCCGUGGCAGAGAAAAAGGUGAACUGCUCGCAGAGUUCGCAAACUACUUCCACUACGGCUAUCAUGAAUGUAUGAAGAACCUAGUUCACUACCUCACCACAGAGGAGAGGGUAGAAACCAAAGACAUCAAGUACGCACGGAUUAUAGCUUUCCUCCAGUCUAAAUCCCGGGCAGUCACUGAGCCCAUCUUCGGAUCCGUGGGAACUCUGCCGGACCCCGCAGAUUUUCUGGGCCAGUUGCACUCAUCCCCGGAACACCAGAGCCUCAGCCCCUGUGAAUCCAUGUUCCAGCAAAGCCCACCGGGACAUUUCCCCUGGCACACCUCGGGGCGCAGUCCCACUAUCACGUAUCCAACAGUGCCAUUAUCCUCUCCAACGCAACAGCACGGUGGCUACUUGUCGCCCGUGCAGGGACUUGAUCAUCACUAUUUCAACUUUAUUGGCCACUCACAUGCGAAUGCGUUCAGUUUGCACACUGCGCAACAUGCUUUGUAAAUAUUAUCAGCGUUUAUACAUUGUCGUUAUUUAUGUAGACUACCUUAUGUAAUGAAACACAACUGAAUGUGAAUAUUUGAAUGAAAUAAAUAUUUCUUUGCAACAGAU